AUGGCGGAUUUAAUCGAAGUGAAAGAGACACUAGGCAAGUUAGCAAAUAGAAUUUCCGACUUGCAACAGUCAAGUAAGGCAUCUAACAAUUCAGGUAAGUGUAAUAUUUAUUGUAUUGGUUUAUUAAUAUUCCUCUAAAAGUACUGUACUGCACCUAAUUGUCAACAUAAAAUUUUAAAUUUACAUAAAAUUUGCGGCGCUAGGGUAGAGUGUCGUUUGUAUAAUCUUAUGGUUUUAGGAUAAAUUGAUUCGAACAAAAUAAAAAGCAGCGAAUAAGUGAAUGGAAGGUGUUUUUGUACACGUUUUAUCCACAAUUUGAUCGAAAUAUAUUAUAAAGUGUAUACAGGUGAAUAUGAUGCUUGUGAUGUUACUCUGAGUGUAUAUCUACACCGAUUUGUUCAGUUGGCAGAGCAUUGGGCUAGUAUUCCAAAGGUCGUAGGUUCGAUUCCCACCGUGGUCAGGCAUAUUUUUUAAGCUUGCCCGGUGUAGAUAUACACUGACUCAGAGUAACAUCACAAGCAUCAUAUUCACCUGAGUGUCGUAAAUUGCCUCCUGUUGUGUUUACGACAAUUCACAGUUUUAUAAACACAGGUUUAGUUAAAGUGUUUAUGAAACGGCUGAAAUUUUUUUCUGAAAUUGUGCCGAUAUUAUAGUUUAAAGUACGCUGAAUAUCAUGCUGUAUUUUAUUUUCGCCCCGCGAUUCUUUAAAGUCGAUUUUUUAAGCCACAAAGUUUGCCAUCUAUGACCUUUGUUUGUCCCAUCUCACGGCGCGGUCAAAUUGAUGGCGUGACGUCACUGGUUGUACUCGCGCGUUCAUUCCAAAGGUGAAUUUGUCAAUUUGUUAUGGCCGAGACUCAAAACAGCCGAGCGAAAGGGAAAUCUCUUGGAAAGUAUUGUGUUGCAGGCGGACCUGGAAAAGUCAGUUGCAAAAACAAUUCGAAAACACAAGGAAUUUCGAUGCAUCGCUUCCCUAGCGAUAGUUCUGUCCGAGCAAAAUGGGCUUGUAUUGUCCAAAGACAUCGUCCGCAAUGGCAGCCAUCUAGCAGUUCGGUGUUUUGCUCAGCACGUUUCAAGGUCGCAGAUUUUGAACAACGGCUUGAUUUUAAUCUACAAGAACCGGAAAAAUUCACGACUAAGAGAUGGCUGAAGAAAGGCGCGAUACCUAGUCUAGAUUGCGUUGUUUCAGGGCCACAAGUUCAGGCGAUUGCAGCUCGUGAAAGAAGACAGGUAAAUAUAUGCAUAAAUUGUUCGUUUGCGGCAUUUUGA